CAGUGCACGCUGAAGGUCCUGAUUUGACGAAGCCAACAGAACCACAUCAUCCGCAAACAGCAGAGACGAGAUUAUUAAAAACUAAAAUAAAUAAGACUAUUUGGAAGCAGUUUGUUUAAAGCUUGAACCUCUGUUGCAAGUUACAACCAACAUGUGGCUUUUACAAAUUUGACCUUUAACAUCAGAGGAAGUGGGUGAUUACUGAAGGUUAUAGAGAUGAUGUGGUUUACAUAUUAUUAUCUUUAUUAAUUAAUUUGUUUAUUAUUAUUAUUCAGGUUCAUUCAAAUUACAGGAAAGAAAAUAUUCUGCCAUGUUUCAGGGUCAAAGGUCAAAAAUGCAUUUUCAGGGUAAAGUGUUUGUUACACAGAAACAAAGCAAACAAUGAAGGAGCGAACAAUCUUAAUUAAAUUUUAAUAUAAAAUGGUGAAACAAUAAAAAAAUUCAAAAAUAAUUUCUGCAUUCAGGCUGAAGUUUUAAUAAUUAAAACAAAAAGUCAGAAUUCAGAGUGUAAAUAAAAUCAAAUGGAUUUUGUUCUGAUAUUAAAUGUGAGCGUUGAGGCUUCAGCGCUGCUCUCAUCAUCAUUGUUUUUCAUUUUCAUUUUAAAAGAUUAAAUAAUUUUUGUUCACUGAUUUUUCUUGAGGUUGAUGUUCCUUCUGAACGUCUGAUUCAGAUUUUUGUUCUUGAGAUGAAGAGAAUAAAAUAAUGACUUUAGUCCUGCAUAAAACUUGUGCUCUGUUAUGUCAUAAAGAUGUUUGGGAUCAGAUCUGGUGCAGUGUUUUUCCGGUGGCUUUGGGUUUGAUGGAGAUUAAGCCGAGGUGUGAGGAACCUGUAUCAGGAGCCAGAUAAGCCGUGAAACACUGCGCUGCCUUAGAUGGAUGCUAACAGCCAAAGGUCGUGAAUCUGCCCUCACGCCACACCAGCACCCCGCGAUAAAUUUAGUCAGGACUUUUUUCCUAAUUUGGUCCUUCAGCAGCCUUCAUAAAGCCUGCAGCAGUGAGGAGCUCUGCACUUCUCCCGUUCUGUGUCACUUUGGUGUUGCUCUUGCCUGCCCAGACCUCCAGCUAUGGGUGACCCUCUGAUGGCCGAGUUUGGGAAGGCAGCUCCCUUCCUGAGGAAGUCUGAGAAGGAACGCCUGGAAGCUCAGACCAGACCGUUCGACAUCAAGACUGAAUGUUUUGUAGUUGAUGAAAAGGAAGAGUAUGUGAAAGGACAAAUCCAAAGUAAAGAUGGAGGGAUGGUAACAGUAAAGAAAGAGGACGGAAAAACGGUGACUGUGAAGGAGUCUGAUGUGCACCCCCAGAACCCGCCGAAAUUUGACAAAAUUGAAGACAUGGCAAUGUUCACGUUCCUCCAUGAGCCUGCAGUGCUGUUUAACCUGAAGGAGCGUUAUGCUGCCUGGAUGAUCUACACCUACUCUGGGCUCUUCUGUGUCACUGUCAACCCAUACAAGUGGCUCCCGGUCUACGAUGCCAACGUGGUAGCAGCCUACAGGGGGAAGAAGAGAAGUGAAGCUCCACCUCACAUCUUCUCAAUCUCCGAUAACGCCUACCAGUACAUGCUGACUGACCGUGAGAACCAGUCGGUCCUUAUCACCGGAGAAUCUGGAGCUGGGAAGACUGUCAACACAAAGAGAGUCAUCCAGUACUUUGCCAGCAUCGCAGCCAUUGGAGGUGCGGGCAAAAAAGACACCAGCAAGGAGACGCUGGAAGAUCAAAUCAUUCAGGCAAAUCCUGCACUCGAGGCUUUUGGCAAUGCUAAAACGGUAAGAAACGAUAACUCUUCUCGUUUUGGAAAAUUUAUCAGAAUUCACUUUGGAACCAGUGGUAAGCUCUCGUCUGCAGACAUUGAGACGUACCUGCUCGAGAAGUCACGUGUCACCUUUCAGCUCAAGGCUGAGAGGAACUACCACAUCUUCUACCAAAUCCUGUCCAAUCAGAAGCCAGAGCUGCUGGACAUGCUGCUGAUCACCAACAACCCAUACGACUACUGUUACAUCUCCCAAGGAGAAGUAACGGUGGCAUCCAUUAAUGAUCCGGAGGAGUUGAUGGCUACAGACAAUGCCUUUGAUGUGCUCGGCUUCACGCCAGAGGAGAAGAUGGCUGUCUAUAAGCUGACCGGCGCCAUCAUGCACUAUGGUAACAUGAGGUUUAAGCAGAAACAACGUGAGGAGCAGGCUGAACCUGAUGGGAGCGAGGCGGCCGAUAAGUCGGCAUACUUAAUGGGGCUGAACUCCGCUGACCUCAUUAAAGGGCUGUGCCAUCCCCGGGUCAAGGUAGGAAAUGAGUAUGUCACCAAAGGGCAGAGUGUGGACCAAGUCUACUAUGCCAUUGGUGCUCUGGCUAAGUCAGUGUAUGAAAAAAUGUUCAGUUGGAUGGUGGUGAGAAUUAACCAGUCCCUGGACACCAAGCAGCAUCGUCAAUACUUUAUUGGUGUGCUGGACAUUGCUGGAUUUGAGAUAUUUGACUUCAAUACAUUCGAGCAGUUGUGCAUCAACUACACCAACGAGAAACUGCAACAGUUUUUCAACCAUCAUAUGUUCAUUUUGGAGCAAGAGGAAUAUAAGAAAGAAGGCAUUGACUGGGAGUUCAUUGACUUUGGGAUGGAUUUGCAAGCGUGCAUUGACCUGAUUGAGAAGCCUCUGGGAAUCCUGUCAAUUCUGGAGGAAGAAUGCAUGUUUCCAAAAGCCAGUGACCAAACCUUUAAGUCCAAGCUCUAUGACAACCAUCUCGGCAAGAAUAAAAUGUUUGAGAAGCCGAGGGCCACCAAAGGGAAAACCGAGGCUCACUUUGCCCUGGUUCACUAUGCUGGAACAGUUGACUACAACAUUGGUGGUUGGUUGGUCAAAAACAAAGACCCGCUGAAUGAAACUGUGGUUGGACUUUUCCAGAAAUCCUCUUUAAGGCUCCUUAGUCUGCUCUUUUCAAGCUAUGCAGGAUCCGACAGUGGAGAAAAGGUAAGGGGCAAAGGUUCUAAAAAGAAAGGCUCCUCAUUCCAGACGGCAUCUGCACUUCACAGGGAAAACCUGAACAAACUGAUGACCAACCUAAAGAUGACACAUCCCCACUUUGUUCGCUGUCUGAUACCGAAUGAGAGGAAAACUCCUGGAGUCAUGGACAACUGUCUAGUGAUGCACCAGUUACGCUGUAAUGGAGUUCUGGAAGGCAUUCGAAUCUGCAGGAAAGGUUUUCCAAACCGAGUACUCUACGGCGACUUCAAACAGCGGUACAGAAUUCUGAACGCCUCUGCUAUUCCUGAGGGUCAGUUUGUUGAUUGCAAGAAAAGUACUGAAAAGUUGCUCAGCUCACUGGACAUCAACCACACUCAGUACAAGUUUGGUCAGACCAAGGUCUUCUUUAAAGCUGGCCUGCUGGGGUCUUUGGAAGAGAUGCGAGAUGAGCAACUCUCUCGCAUCAUCACCAGGAUCCAGGCUAAUGCCCGGGCACUCCUCAUGAGGGCAGAGUUUGCCAAGCUUGUGGAACGCAGGGAUGCUCUUAGAGUCAUCCAGUGGAACCUUCGCUCUUUCUUAAGUGUGAAGAACUGGCCCUGGAUGAAGCUCUUCUUCAAGAUCAAACCCCUGCUGAAGAGCGCUGAAGCUGAGAAGGAGAUGGCCAACAUGAAAGAUGAGUUUAACAAAUUGAAAGAAGCUCUGGAGAAAACUGAAGCAAGGCGAAAAGACCUAGAAGAGAAAAUAGUAACCCUCCUCCAAGAGAAGAGUGACUUGACCCUGCAACUCCACUCUGAGCAGGACACAUUAACAGAUGCUGAAGAACGCUGUGAGCAGCUUAUAAAGAGCAAGAUCCAACUCGAAGCCAAGAUAAAGGAGAUGACAGAAAGACUGGAAGACGAAGAGGAGUUGAACGCGGAUCUGACUACAAAGAGACGGAAGCUUGAAGAUGAGUGCUCUGAAUUAAAGAAAGACAUAGAUGACCUUGAGAUGACAUUAGCAAAGGUUGAGAAGGAGAAACAUGCCAUUGAAAACAAGGUGAAAAAUCUGACAGAGGAGAUGGCUUCCCAGGAUGACAAUGUUGUUAAAUUGACCAAAGAGAAGAAGGCCCUGCAAGAAGCUCACCAACAAACACUGGAUGACCUCCAGAGUGAAGAAGACAAAGCCAACAGCUUGACCAAAGCCAAAGUUAAGCUGGAGCAGCAGGUGGACGAUCUGGAAGGUUCUUUGGAGCAUGAGAAGAAAGUACGGAUGGACCAUGAACGCUCAAAGAGAAAGCUUGAGGGAGAUCUGAAACUGACUCAAGAGACCUUGAUGGACUUAGAAAAUGACAAGCAACAACUGGAGGAAAAAUUAAAGAAAAAAGAUUUUGAGGUUGCACAAAUAAAUAGACGUCUGGAUGAUGAACAGGUCAGUGUAGUGCAGCUCCAAAAGAAGUUGAAAGAAAACCAGGCAAAGAUCGAGGAGCUUGAAGAGGAGCUGGAUGCUGAGUGCGCAGCUCGGGCUAAAGUGGAAAAGCAAUACUUAGAAGCUUCUCGUGAGCUGGAGGACAUCAGCGAGCGCUUGGAGGAAGCUGGCGGUGCCACAGUAGCACAAGUGGAUCUCAGUAAGAAGAGAGAUGCUGAAUUCCAGAAGCUGAGAAGGGAGAUGGAGGAAUCGACCCUACAGCACGAGAGCACUGCCGCCUUGCUGAGGAAGAAGCACGCUGACAGCGUCGCCGAGUUAGGAGAGCAGAUUGACAACCUUCAACGAGUAAAGCAGAAGCUGGAGAAAGAGAAGAGCGAGCUGAAGAUGGAGCUAGAUGAUUUGUCUUCUAAUAUAGAGAGUGUAGUAAAGGCAAAGUUGAACACUGAGAAGAUGUGUCGCACAAUGGAAGACAACAUGAAUGAAUACAAGAGUAAAUAUGAGGAGGCUCAAAGGACCAUCAACACCUUGACCACACAGAGGGCCAAGCUCCUCACUGAGAACGGGGAGUCUGGAAGACAGCUGGAGGAAAAAGAGUGUCUGAUAACCCAGCUGACACGAGGGAAGACCUCAUACAACCAGCAGGUGGAAGACCUCCGCAGACAGCUGGAAGAAGAAAUAAAGGCAAAGAAUGUCCUCGCCCAUGCUGUGCAGUCUGCGCGCCAUGACUGUGAUCUGCUCAGGGAACAGUUUGAAGAAGAGCAGGAGGCCAAGGCUGACCUCCACAGAGCGCUGUCUAAGUCCAACACUGAGGUGCUAGCAUGGAGAACCAAAUAUGAAACUGACGGCAUCCAGAGAACUGAGGAACUAGAAGAAGCAAAGAAGAAGCUGGUUCAGAGACUGCAGGAGACAGAGGAAGCCAUGGAGGCUAUGAACGCAAAGUGUUCUUCCCUUGAAAAGACUAAGCAUCAUCUCCAAAAUGAGAUUGAAGACCUGAUGCUGGACUUAGAGAGAUCCACUGCAGCAUCUGCAGCACUGGACAAAAAGCAAAGAGCUUUUGAUAAAGUCUUGGCAGAGUGGAAGCAAAAGCACGAGGAAUCACAAUGUGAACUGGAGACCUCUCAGAAAGAAGCUCGGUCUCUGAGCACUGAACUCUUCAAACUGAGAAAUUCCUAUGAGGAGUCCCUGGAUCAACUUGAGACAAUGAAAAGAGAGAACAAGAACCUCCAACAGGAGAUCUCUGACCUCACCGAGCAGCUUGGGGAGGGCGGCAGGAGUGCCCACGAUCUGGAGAAGAUUAGAAAGCAUCUUGAAGAGGAAAAGGCUGAGCUCCAGACAGCUCUAGAGGAGGCAGAGGCUUCCCUGGAACAUGGAGAAAGCAAGAUCCUACGAGCCCAGCUGGACUUCAGCCAAAUGAAGGCUGACAUGGAGCGCAGGCUAGCUGAGAAAGAUGAGGAAAUGGACCAGGCCAAAAGAAACUACCAAAGAAUGCUUGAGUCACUACAGUCUUCUCUGGAAUCUGAGAGCAGGAGCCGCAACGAGGCCCUGAGAGUUAAGAAGAAGAUAGAAGGUGACCUCAAUGAGAUGGAGAUUCAGCUCAGCCAGGCUAACAGACAGGCAGCUGAUGCCCAGAAGCAGCUGAAAAGCCUUCAAGCAUUCCUAAAGGAGGCUCAGCUGCAACUUGACGAUGCCCUGCAUGGUAACGAUGACCUGAAGGAGAACAUUGCCCUCCUGGAACGCAGAAACAACCUGAUCCAGGCUGAGCUGGAAGAAGUGAAGGCUGCGCUGGAGCAGACAGAAAGAAGUCGCAAGUUGGCAGAACAGGAGCUGGUUGAUGUGACAGAGCGCAUGCAGCUGCUGCAUGCCCAGAACACCAGCCUGAUCAACCAGAAGAAGAAGCAUGAAGCCGACCUCAUCCAGAUGCAGACGGAGCUGGAGGAAGCCAUCCAAGAAAACCGCAAUGCUGAGGAGAAGGCAAAGAAAGCCAUUACGGAUGCAGCCAUGAUGGCUGAGGAGCUGAAGAAGGAGCAAGACAUGAGUGCACACUUGGAGCGCAUGAAGAAGAACAUGGAGCAGACCAUCAAAGCCUUGCAGCACCGCCUGGACGAGGCCGAGCAGAUAGCUAUGAAAGGUGGUAAAAAACAGCUCCAAAAGCUGGAAGUCUGCAUUAAAGAACUGGAGAAUGAGCUGGAGGCAGAGCAGAAGAAGCAAACAGAGCUGGUCAAAGGUGUGCGCAAGUAUGAGCGCCGCAUCAAGGAACUCACAUACCAGACGGAGGAAGACCACAAGAACACAGCUGACCUGCAGGAGCUGGUAGACAAGCUGCAGCUGAAGGUCAAGUCCUACAAACACGCUGCUGAGGAAGCGGAGGAAGCGGCAAACGCUAACAUGGCCAAAGUCCGCAAACUGCAGCACGAGCUGGAUGAGGCCAAGGAGAGAGCCGACACGGCCGAGUCGCAGGCAAACAAGCUGAGGGCCAAGAACCGGGACGGAACGUCCAAGAAGACCCUUGAUGAUUGAGGACAUCUCCAGGCAGCAGGACAGGUACAGAACCGAUCACAUCACGUAUUGAUCAGCACUCCCUCAGAUCACUACGCGCACCUCAAAGACUGCAACACAUUAAUUCAGCACUUCCUGUCCUUGUCUUGAGCUUCUAAAAAUCUCUCACGCUUUCAGUUCUUCACACCUCCUCCACUUCCUGUGUCUUGGCUCCUCCCACUUCACCUCAUUUUUCUUCUAUGUAGCGCUUCACAGUUUAAUCUUGAUUUCUGUCUCUUAAUGUGUUGUCAUGAUGUGUCUGAUUGGCAGGCCUUCCUGAUUCCGGAUGUUUGGCGGAAUGUUGUUGCCAUGGUAACAGUCCUGCAAACCAGAUGAAAGCAGCAAAACCACAUCAAGAUCACGAACGUUUGUGUCAACUGUUAUUCAAGAUUUUAACAAAAUACCAAAAAAAAGUG